GGGACCUAGGCUGAAGCGACGCCCGAGCAGCCCAGCGGGAGCCUAGGGACAGGCCUGGGCAGCAGCCUCAAGAUUAGGAUGUCCCGACAUGAAGGUGUCAGCUGUGAUGCAUGUUUAAAAGGAAAUUUUCGAGGUCGCAGAUACAAGUGUUUAAUUUGCUACGAUUACGAUUUGUGUGCAACUUGUUAUGAGAGUGGUGCAACAACAACGAGGCAUACAACUGACCAUCCAAUGCAGUGCAUACUAACAAGAGUAGAUUUUGAUUUGUAUUAUGGUGGAGAAGCUUUCUCUGUAGAGCAGCCACAGUCCUUUACUUGUCCUUAUUGUGGAAAGAUGGGUUAUACAGAAACAUCUCUUCAAGAACAUGUCGCUUCUGAACACGCAGAAACAUCAACAGAGGUGAUCUGUCCAAUAUGUGCAGCAUUGCCUGGAGGGGAUCCUAAUCAUGUCACAGAUGACUUUGCAGCUCAUCUUACACUGGAACACAGAGCUCCUAGAGAUUUAGAUGAAUCUAGUGGUGUCCGGCACGUACGUAGAAUGUUUCACCCAGGCCGGGGUUUGGGAGGCCCCCGUGCACGUAGAUCAAACAUGCACUUUACUAGCAGUUCCAGUGGUGGCCUUUCAUCUUCUCAGAGUUCAUAUUCUCCAAGCAAUAGAGAAACCAUGGAUCCUAUAGCUGAGCUUUUAUCUCAGUUAUCAGGCGUGAGACGUUCUGCAGGCCAGCUCAAUUCUUCUGGCCCUUCUGCUUCUCAGUUACAGCAACUGCAGAUGCAACUGCAGUUGGAGAGACAGCAUGCACAGGCAGCAAGACAACAACUGGAAACUGCACGCAAUACAACUAGACGCACUAACACAAGCAGCAUCCCCACCACUCUUACACAAUCUAUAGCAGCAACCAAUACAUCUAACACAGAAAACAAUCAUCAGACUAUACAGAAUUCCCAGUUUCUUCUUAUGAGGUUGAAUGAUCCUAAGAUGUCAGAAGCAGAACGUCAGUCAAAAGAAAGUGAACAGGCAGAUCGCAGCUUGUUUGUUCAAGAGCUUCUACUGUCCACUUUGAUGCAGGAAGAAAGUUCCUCCUCAGAUGAGGAUGAACGGGGAGAGAUUGCUGAUUUUGGUGCUAUGGGCUGUGUAGAUAUUAUGCCUCUAGAUGUUGCUUUAGAAAACCUAAAUUUAAAAGAGAAUAAUAAAGGAAAUGAGCCUCCUCUUUGAUGGCAUCCCACUUUGCAGACAAUGUCCUCUGUGCUGUAUUUGCCAAUGAAAGUGGACAACAACUAUCUUGGGUUUGUUUUGGUGAUUGUAAUUUCAGGUCUGUCACUCUUGUUACAUUGUGUACAUUCAAA